CAGUCACCGCUCUGUCGCCGGUGGGAACGCAUUUGUUACGUGUUUCUCUCUUUCUUUUUCUCUCACUCUCUCACACUCACUCACUCUAUCUUUCUCACUAUCUAUCUUUCUCUCUCUCUCUCUUUCUCUCUGAUUCUUUCUCUCUUAUUCGCUCUCUUCUCUUUCUAUUUCGUUCGCCACGGCUCCGUCGCGUCUAUCGUUCGUUCGACUCGGUAGAGGUAACAUCGCGUCGCGUACGAUCGGUAAAUUUCAUAGGUUAUUCGAUAAAUUACGAAUGAGAAAACAUGUAUCGUUCGUCCGUGUGUAAAAGGUGAACGAAAUAGAUGAUAAUGCGCCGGCCGUAAAACCAACGAUGAACAACUGUAUAGUUUUGUGCGAAAAGAUAGACGGAUAGAUAGAAGAAAGGAGUAAGUGAGUGAGUGAGUGGAGCAUUAUAGUGGCCAAGAUGGCGGAAUCAAGUUAUUAUCAGGGCGAUUACAUCAGGCACCCAGUCCUUUACGAACUGUCGAGCAAGUACGGAGUUGCUGGCAGUGACCAGGUGCCCUUGCCUGCUCGUCUCGAUGAGCUCCGGGAACACAUACGCAGAGAAAUACGUAAGGAGUUAAAGAUAAAAGCCGGUGCUGAGAAGCUUAGGGAGGUUGCAACCGAUCGUAAGGCGCUAUCGGACGUGGCGACUAUCGUGAAGAAGGCCAACAGCAAGUUGAACGAGCUACAAGCCGAGCUCCAGCAGCUCGAAAGUCAAAUUAUACUGACGCAGGGCCAGCCGCAGUCGCCGCAACAAAAUCACUCCAACGGUCAAGACACACCUCUGUCACCAAUGGGACCUUCGUCACCGAGUCAGGAAGGUCUAUUCACAGAUCUUCGACUUUUAUCCUUGGAAAAGCAGCUUAACAUCGAAUUGAAAGUAAAACAGGGCGCGGAAAAUAUGAUACAGAGUUUGACGAGUGGGCACAGAGACAAGAAAUUACUUCAGGAAGCUCAGCAGAUGCUUGACGAUUCCCGCGCUAAAAUUGAGUUCCUACGCAUGCGCAUAAUGAAGGUGCGACAGGCACGCCAACAACAACAUGCUCGUGGUGACGCGCCACCUCCGAAUGGUGAAACAGGAGGCAAUAAAGAUAGGUACGAGCCAAGCCUGGAACUUGCUUUGGAGGAACGCGUCGAAGAGCUGCGACAUCGGCUAAGAAUCGAAGCAGCCGUUGUGGAAGGUGCAAAGAAUGUAAUACGUCUUCUGCAAAGUGCCAAAGUUGCUGAUAAGAAGGCUCUAACAGAGGCACAGGCAAGUCUCGCGGAAUCCAGUAGAAAAUUGGACUUACUUAGAUUAUCUCUUGAGCUUAGAAGACAAGAAUUACCACCAGACAGUGGUACUGCUGCCCAAUUAAAGAGAGAACUAGCAAGUGUACAAUCGGCAAGUCCUGUUCCUGUAACUUAUACAUCGUUACAACCAUUUCGUGGCCCAUUGGAAGGUAGGGCUACGGUACCUGCAUCAGUUUCUAGAUGUGCUGCAGUCACUGGCCAAUUGGAGGUAAGAUUAAUGGGAUGCCAAGAUUUAGCGGAAGAAGUUCCUGGACGUACGAGAAGAGAACAUCCUGCCAGUCCUGAUUUACGCAGCUUCGUUAAAGGAGUAACAGGACGCAGUUCGAGUAAAUCUUAUAGCGUGAAAGACGAAACGAGUAAUGAUAUUAUGGCGGUUAUAAAACUGGAUAAUCAAACCGUAGCACAAACUAGUUGGCGACCUUGUUCCCAACAGGCUUGGGACCAAAGAUUUUCUAUCGAACUAGAUAAAUCAAGAGAACUUGAAAUAGGCAUUUAUUGGAAAGAUUGGAGAUCAUUGUGUGCAGUGAAAUUUUUACGCCUAGAAGAAUUUAUCGACGAUGUGAGACACGGAAUGGCACUUCAGUUGGAACCCCAAGGAUUAUUGUUUGCUGAAAUUAAAUUUUUAAAUCCGAUGAUAUCAAGAAAACCAAAAUUGCAACGUCAACGUAAAAUAUUUAAACAGCAAGUAAAGAAUUUCCCACGGGCUAAUCAAAUGAACAUUAAUGUUGCUACUUGGGGUAGACUUCUUAAACGUUCUGCACCCUCUUUACAUAAUACAAGAAAUUCUGAAAGUCCACCGUCGGGACCACAACCGUUACAAAUUGUCUUUGAUACCUCAAUAGAAGAUAAGCCUGAAACACCUGGAGAAUUACCAGAUCCAGAAAAAGGAGGCUUAGGUGGUGCUCGACCAUUAGGAAUGGCAACUUCAACUAGUAGUCCAGUUUUACCACGUCCACCUGAACAUCCACCUCCACCACCGCCAACGAUUACUAAGAAACCUUCAUUGCCAGCACCUCCACCACCACCAAAAUUAGAUCAGGAGUUACAGAGUGCAUUAAGGGAGUUUGAUUUCCUGCACAACGAGGAGAAAGGGGGGUCUCAGGGUGCAAAUUUGAGGCCCCUUGUGACAGAGCCCCGUCCUGUGCUGAUUGCACCACCCUCUCCACGCACACCCUCGCCCCAACCCGUGGUCGAGUUUCCUGAAGAUGAGGUCGUCUACGAACUACCAGUUAGGCCUCUACAAUAUAGAGAUAGUGCAUAUGAAUCUAGAAGACAUUCUCAGCUCACUGGCAUGACAUUGGACAACUUUAGAUUACUUUCUGUUCUUGGUCGAGGUCAUUUUGGAAAAGUUAUCUUAUCGCAAUACAGGAAUACAGGAGAAUAUUUUGCUAUUAAGGCAUUAAAGAAAGGUGAUAUUAUAGCAAGAGACGAAGUGGAAUCAUUGCUUUCUGAAAAGAGAAUAUUCGAGGUUGCAAAUGCUACGCGUCAUCCAUUCCUGGUUAAUUUGUUUGCUUGUUUCCAAACUGAGGCGCACGUCUGUUUUGUAAUGGAGUAUGCAGCAGGUGGUGAUCUUAUGAUGCAUAUACAUGCAGAUGUUUUUGGUGAACCACGUGCUGUAUUUUAUUCGGCUUGCGUUGUUUUAGGAUUGCAAUAUUUACAUGAAAGUCGAAUCAUAUAUAGAGAUUUGAAAUUAGAUAAUUUGUUGUUGGAUACGGAAGGAUACGUUAAAAUAGCAGAUUUUGGAUUAUGUAAAGAAGGUAUGGGUUAUGGUGAUAGAACUGGGACUUUUUGUGGAACUCCAGAAUUUUUAGCACCAGAAGUCCUCACAGAGACUUCGUAUACACGAGCUGUAGAUUGGUGGGGUCUUGGUGUACUUAUAUUUGAGAUGCUUGUUGGAGAGUCUCCAUUUCCCGGUGAUGAUGAAGAAGAAGUAUUUGAUUCGAUAGUAAAUGAUGAAGUUCGUUACCCAAGAUUCCUUUCUUUGGAAGCUAUAGCUAUAAUGAGAAGGUUGCUCAGAAAGAAUCCAGAUAGAAGAUUAGGUAGCAGCGAAAGAGAUGCGGAGGAUGUUAAAAAGCAAGCAUUCUUUAGGCACAUAGCGUGGGAUGAUUUGUUAUUAAGACGCGUGAAACCACCAUUUGUACCAGUAAUUCAUUCUGUGGAAGAUGUUAGUAAUUUUGAUGAAGAAUUUACAUCGGAAAAGCCACAGCUCACUCCGCCUAAGGAUCCUCGACCUCUCAGCGAUAUGGAACAGAGUUUUUUCAAAGAUUUCACAUACAUGGCUGAUUGGUGCUAACUAUAGUAAUAUGCUAUUUUAUGUUCUUCCAAUAAUAGUUCAUCUUUAUUUGUGCCCAAUAAUUUAAACAAUACUAUGUUACAUUACAUCAAGGUACAUAAGAGAUAGCAAUGAUACUGCUUAUCAUAAGAACGAUAUAUCGUGCUUUAUUUUAUUUUAUUUUAUUUUUUUUUUGUUUUUUUUUUUUUUUUUGUUUUUUAACAAUAAUUAUUCUGACUAGAAAUCAAAACUUCAUAAACUUAUGAUUUACCAUUGAAUCUCGGAUUUUCAUCUGAAUUAUCUAAUAAAGAGACAUUUUAUUUUAUGCCAGACACAUAUGUGUGGCUAUAAUAUUCUAUUUUGUUUGCAAUCAUCGCGUAAGUUAUUAAAAUAUAAUCAAUUAUUUUGAAAACGGAUAUGUGAAAGAGAAAAAGGAAAAAAAAGAAAAAAAAAAGAAAAAAAAAUUAUAGGAUUCAUAGUAAGACUUGUAUUACAUGUAUAUGUUAUUAAAAAACAUACGUCUAAAAAGAAAAAAAAGGAAAACAAAAAAAAAAAAGAAGUAACUUUCAGAAUACUAUUGUCAACUAUGAUAAUAAUGCAAGAGAGAUGUAGAUAAAUAUUAUCAACACACGGAUCAUUUCUUUGCAUGUGCAUUUUUAAUAUAAAAUUUCCUACUAAGUGCAUGAGAAUAUAAGAAAGAAUAUUUUACAUAUAAAAUCAUAUAAGUAUACAACAGACAUAUUUAAGCACUGAUCAUUUACGAUUGCAUUAGAAUCACAUCUAACACUUUUUGAAAGUAAGAUAUGCCAUUUAUAAUCACACACUACAUAUUUUUAUUACUAUUAUUAUUAUUAUUAUUAUUAUUAUUAUUAUUAUUAUUAUUAUUUUUAUUUUUAUUAUUAUUAUUAUUAUUAUUAUUAUUAUUAUUAUUAUUAUUAUUAUUAAUAUAACAUUUUUCAUUUGUUUACGAAUGACUAUUUACUUUCAAUCGUGGCAUGGUGAAUAUCCAUGUGUGACAAAAGUUAUCGUUACAAUUGUAAUAUCAAAGAUUUUUUCUACAUCGAUGCAAAGUUAAUUAAAAAAAAAAACAAAAAAAAAACGAAAAAAAGGGUUAAAAAAAAAGCAAAAAAGAAAGAAAAAAAGAAAGAAAAAAAAAUUUUUACCGUUGUUCAUACUCAAGUGAUAUCGAAUUGAAAACAAUCGCGAAUAUGCACAAGAUAAAUUUUUCAAUUGCAAAUUAACAACAUUCAGUGCUUUAAAUAUAAAAAGAAUGUGGUAUCUCACGUUAGCUUAUUAUUGUUUUGAUAGAAAGAUGAAUUUUAAUAUUUCUUUUAUUUUUUUUUUUUUUUUUUUUUUUUCCGUUUAUGUUAAAAUUGACAGCAUGAUCUGACGGCAAAUAUUAUUUUUGUCCGAAAAAAAAAGUGUCACGUGUGUAUUGUUUUAUAUAAUCGUAUGCUCUAUUUGCUCACAAUUUAUUAUAUUUUAAUUACAUAUACUCAUGUUUAAGGGCAUGAUAAUGUAUAUGUAUGUAUUUCAUACUUAUGCGUUAUAUCUUUUACGAAACUAUUUUUUCAAAGGAGUAGUAAAAUAUAUGAUUUAUAAGAUCAUGAGAAGUUAAUUCUUUAUAUAUUAUUAAAAAAAAAAAAACAAACAAACAAACAAAAAAAAAGAAAGAGAGAAAAAAAAAUAAUAAUAAUAAUAAUAAUUUCAAGUCCAACUUCUAGUAUGUGUAUCCUUGAAUUAUUGUUAAUCUUUAUUUUUUAAUGUAAAUUCUUUAUAUUUUUCAAUUAUAAUUGAUUGAUAAGUUUAUUACAGUUUAGUUUUGGGAGGAAUUCGCGUCUUAUUUUUAAUAUUUUUAUAUAACUUGUAUAUCGUAUGUCAUAUAAAAUAAUUUUAUGAUAUAUAUAUAUAUAUAUAUCAUAUAUCAUUAUGUUAAUAAUAAAAUAUUAAUUUCACGCAUACGAAUCUGCCAUUUCUAUGGCAUUUGAAAAUUAAUAUUAAUGAUACUCUUUGAAUUUGUCAUACAAAACAGUAUUUGUUUUAUUAUUGUAUACUAUGAUUUUCAAUAUAUUGCGAUAAUAUUACACUUCUAUUAUAAGUUCAUUUUUGAUUUACGUUAAAUUUUAUUUUUUUAUGAACCUUUGAUAAAAGGUAUAUUAGAAUUGGACUUGACGAAUCUAAUAUGCAUUUUGCAUUCGUACAAGGUUGUUUAAAUGAAAUUUAAAUAUGAUCAUGCGAUAUCUAAUCUUAUUAAUCAUUUUGUUUUUUUUUCACAAUGUUUAAACAUAUAUAUAUAUAUUAAUUAAAAAUUAAUGUAUAUCAUUAUUAUUUUAUAUGAAAAAUGAUUUUAUGAUACAGAAUUCUGUGAUAUACUUCAAGAUUAAACAUACUUACUUUGAAACAUUCUCACAGUGUAAAUUUUGACAUUUAAAACUGAUCUUGUAAUUAUGAUUUUUAUAAAACAACAAUAAUAACAAUAACAACAAAAAAAAAACAAAAAACAAAACAAAACAAAAAGAAACCAUUCGGAGAGAUUUAUAGCAAUAUAUAAAAAGAAAUAAUAUAACCGAAUGACAUGUGAUAGUUUCGAGUUUUAUCUCGAAUUUUAGAUGCCUUACUGCUCUAAUAAAGUAAUAACUUGGUAUCUAUUUUAUAAA